AUGCUGUCAAGGCUGCUUAGGCAGUGUUUAUUUUCUAUUGUACAUUUAGUAGUGUCUUUACUUGUUGCUGUUCAGAAUGUUUAUCAUUGUUUUUGGACUUAUUACUGUGGAUUAUUCAGUGAGCAGGAGGCAAAAACUGAUAUUGGAGUGUUAAUAAAGCAUAUUCCUAAUAUAAGCAAAAAGCCGAAACACUUGGUACUUUUAACAGACACGAGUCAACAUUCGUUGAAGGAUCUUGCUUUAGUGGUGAUCUGGAGUCUUGUGGCAGGGGUUCCGUACAUCAGUUUCUAUGAUGUUACAGGUGAACUUAAACAAAGCGAAUCCAAGUUAUUUGUGGAAGUAGAAAAAUGUAAAAAAGGUGUGCCGGGCUGCAUAAAAUGGUCUAACAGGCCUAAUUUAAAUGGUUAUACAAAUGGAAUUCAAGCCCAUACUAUUACUAUAAACAUUUUCGCAAAUUCUGAUGGUAGACCAAAGUUGGCAGAGUGCAUACGCAAGAUUGCUUCAAAUGAGGUGGACUGUAAAAGAGAAGGAAAUGAAUUUACUGCACAAGAAUUAGACGAGACUAUAAGAAGAUUUUACCCAUCAAUUCCUGAUCCAGAUUUGAUUAUGUACACAGGGUCUUUAUGUUGUACACAUGGUUUAUUACCAUGGCAAAUAAGACUCUCCGAGUUUGUUCAACUUUCCUUAGAUCAAUGUAUAAAUAUUGAAUGUUAUGUAGGUGCUCUGUAUAAGUAUAACAAAUGUGAUCAAAGGUUUGGAAAGUAGGCAUUUAAUUAUGUAUUGUUGCAAAUAUUAGGGCCUAAGUGUAAUUGGAGUAUGAAAAAAUGGGAUAUUUUAUUUAUUGAGAGAUUAGUUAAUA